UGAGAUAGCCGUCUUUAUUUUGAUGUCGUUUUUACUGAGCUGAUAUCAUUCCUCGAGUUGGGUUUCUUUUGAUGCCGUUCAUCAUGUUUUGGUCGUUUAUACAAAAAUUAUGGUUUCCUUUGGGCUUUGACUGGCCGCCCAUAUCACUGUCGCAUCCCCUCAUGAUGUCGUUUUAAAGGCCAUCUUCAUUUUCAUUUUGAUCUUAACUUCGUUGUCGUUUCAGUAACCGAUGUCUGUCAAUCCAUUCCAAGCGGCAGAUUAGAUUUCGGAGCCGAACAACAUAACCCGCCACAACCCUACACCGCCACAAUUCCACCGCAUUAGGUCGCUUGUUUACCUUAAUCUCCUUCAAUGGAGUCGGAAUAGCCCAAAAUAAACCGACCAAAGUAUUGAAAAUUUUCCAAUAAUCACAUUAAAAAAAAAAUAAAAUGGCUUCGGGUACUCCGAAAACCCUAGAAGGAGAGGGUCCAUCACAAUCACCAUCAUCACCACCGUCCCCUUCUUCAACAUCUUCUGAUGGUUGGAAGGAGCGCGUCUUCAUCCCCACUCUUCUCGCAGGGAUUGUCGGAGGAGGAGUUGGGUUGGUGUCGAAGCACCGAAAAGUUCACGGUCUUGCCGACAUUGCUGCGACUUACGCCACUAAUUUCGCCAUCGUAACUGGUUGCUACUGCGGGACGCGUGAGUUUGUUAGAGUGACCCGAAAAUCAGACCCAGAUGAUCUUUUCAACUCUCCAAUUGCUGGCGUUUUUAGUGGUGCAAUUCUUGGGCGUCUUCAGGGUGGUCCGGCUGGUGCUGCAAAAUACUCGGUCAUCUUUGCCGUUGCGGGGACAACGUUGGAUUUUGUUAUCAACAAACUAAAAGCGAGCUUUAGGGAUAUAUCAGAGGAGGAGAAGAAAAAUUGGUUCAAAUUGCCUGAUUGGUCUCCUAUCCAAGUGCUUGACGAGGAAGCGCAAGCUAAAAAAGAGGCUCGGGAAAAGCAGCUCUAUGCAGAGAGGGUACUUGGCAAACUAAACAAAGAAAAGUCUUGAGACUGCUUUCUUUUCUUGUCUUUCGUUUGUAUGUCGAUAAUUGCUCCUGGGGGCUAAUUUUGAUGUUCUCCCCUACUCCCUCACGCUCUUGUGGCGUUUCUGUAUAAUGAUCUCCAUUCUGAAGUUGAGUUUGCGAAUACAACUACAUAUUCUAAUAAGUUAUAAAAAUGAGAUUGGCGCAGUUGUAUCCCACAUACAUUUUGAAACAUCUCAUUUGUUGGUCAAAUGUUC